AUGGCGGCGCUAGGGCCCCGCGGACGCCCCGCCGGCCGCUCGCGCUCCCAUUGUCUCGGCUGCUGCCUGCGCCGGGUCCGGGCUCGGCGGGGGACGCGGCGGCUCCGUUUUUCUCCGGGCCGGGCCGCCUCGCCGCCGCCGUGCGCCGCCCUCCCCGGGCUGGGCCGCUCUUCCCCCGCCCGCGGGGCCCUUCACCUCGCGUCAUGGCACCGCCGCCGCCGGGCCUGGCCGCGCUGCUGCUGCUGCUGCUGGGGGCGGCCGGGCCGGGGCGGCCGCGGGGCGCGGGGCUGCGCCGAGGCGCGACGGGCGCUGGGCGCGCGGGGGCUGGGGCCGGGCGCGGUGCCCCCCGCGCUCAUCUCGGGUGAGCACCUGCGGAUCUGCCCCCAGGACUACACCUGCUGCUCCAGCGAGAUGGAGGAGCAGCUUACCCUGCAAAACAACAGGGACUUCCGCGCCCUGGUGGAGGACGGGGCCAGCUUCCUGUCCAGCACCCUGGCCUCGCGCCACCGCCGCUUCGAGGAGUUUUUCCGGGAGCUGCUGGCGGCCGCCGAGCGGGGGCUGCAGGCCAUGUUCACGCAGACCUAUGGCCGCCUGUACUCCCAGAACGCCCGGCUCUUCCAGGGGCUCUUCACCGAGCUGCGGCGCCACCAGCAGGGCGCCCGGCUCAGCCUGGAUGAGGCGCUGGGCGAGUUCUGGGCCCGGCUGCUGGAGCGGAUGCUGCCCCUGCUCAACCCCCAGUACCAGUUCCCCCCCGAGUACCUGGAGUGUGUGGCGCGCCAGGGGGAGGCGCUGCGGCCCUUCGGGGACGUGCCCCGCAAGCUGCGCCUGCAGGUGACGCGGGCGUUUGUGGCAGCUCGGGCCUUCGUGCAGGGACUGGCCACCGGGCGUGAUGUGGUCGCCAAGGCCUCCAAGCUGCCCCCCAGCGGCGAGUGCCUGCGGGCCGCCAUGCGCAUGUCUUCCUGCCCCCUGUGCCGCGGGACCCCGGCCCUCAAACCCUGCAAUGCCUUCUGCCUCAACGUCAUGAAGGGCUGCCUGGCCCGCCCGGCCGAGCUGGACCCCGAGUGGAACCGCUUCCUCGACGCUCUGAUCCAGGUGGCCGAGCGGCUGGAGGGGCCCUUCAACGUGGAACUGGCGGCCGACUCCAUCGGGGUGAAGAUCUCGGAGGGGAUCAUGUACCUGCAGGAGAACGGGGUUCAGACCUCUGCCAAGGUGUUUCAGGGCUGCGGGACCCCCCGCCCGGCGCCCGCCCGAUCCCGCCGUGCCGCCCGGGAUGACACCAAGCGUCGCUUCCGCACCUACCCGCCCGAGGAGAAACCCACCACAGCUGCAGGGACCAACCUGGAUCGACUGGUGACGGACGUGAAGGAGAAGUUGCGGCUGAUGCGGGGGUUCUGGGUCACCCUGCCGCACACGCUCUGCAGCGAUGGGAAGGUGGCAGCUGAUGUGACGGACGAGGACAAGUGCUGGAACGGGCAGGCCCGGGGCAGGUACCUCCCGGAUGUGACGGGGGACGGGCUGGUGAAUCAGAUCAAUAACCCGGAGGUGGAGGUGGACAUCGGGCGGCCCGACCUGCUCAUCCGCCAGCAUGUCCUGCAGCUGCGGGUGGCCACCAGCCGCCUGCAGGGGGCCUAUGGGGGCCAGGACCUCGACUUCCAGGACACCUAUGAGGAUGGCAGCGGCUCAGGAGGGGGCGAGCGGUACAGCGAGGACUGGCCGGCUGGAGGGGGCAGUGCCAGCAGUUCGGGGUCCCGCCCCCCAGACUCCCGUUCGCCCCGCAAGGACCGGCCUGGCAAGGGCUCCAGGCAGAACCACCGUGUGGGGGGCAGCAGCAGCCGUGCCGCCUCCUGGGGGGGCCCUGCCCUCCCCCUCCUGCUGCUCCCUGCCCUGGUGCUGCCCCUGCUGAGGCGGUAACUCCCCGGGCGCCAUGAAUGUAGGGGGAAUCCCUCACUUGGGGUGUAGCUGAGGGGGACUUGCAUCUUCCAGGGGCUCCCCCACCAUCCGGGGGAA